GGCGCAGCUCCGCCCCAGCCCGGGCCGGCCCGCGGGGCGGGAGCGAGCGGCCCAGCGGGAAGGAGGCGCCGCAACCCGCGGUGCCGGCGGCCCCUGUGUGCCACCGUACCAUGGAGGACGUGCUGCCCCCGGGCCUGCUGGAGAUCUGUCUGCUGGUCGGAGUGCCCAGGGAGCGGGUGAGAGCGCUGCUGCAGGGUACUCAAAGAAAACCCAAAAAUGUUCCUCCUCUUGAUCCAGAAGUUCUUUCUGUGUUUGUGCCUCCAUUUAUCAGCCGAGAUGACUUUCAGGUGACUAACACAAGUGGUAAUCACUUGAAUAAAAGCAAACGCCGGUCUUUCCGAAAGAAGAAAGAGAGACCAAAGAUUGAAAAUCUCAAGAGUCUCAAUGGGGAGCAGAAAGCACCUGACACCGAAGAUAUUACAGUUCCAAAGGACAUUGAUCUUAUUGGUUUGCCACAGCUCUGCUUCCCAGGAGGACUUUCUGUAACUUCUGAAUCAAAAGAAGACCACAUUCAUUUCCUGGUCUUCACAGAUGUCUGUGGUAACAGAACGUAUGGUGUUGUUGCACAGUACUACCAGCCUAUGCAAGAUGGCUGUAUUUCCCUGAAUGGACAGGCCCACUGGGAAUCUGUGCAGACUGGGAAGAUGCCUGUCUGUUUUGUACCAUUUGCUAUUUGUGUUAUAUCCAGAUAUCCAUAUUUCAAUGCCCUCAAGGAUUGUCUCUCUUGCUUACUAGUGCAACUGCGGCCUUUCAAGGAUUUAGAUGUUGAGGAGCACAUAAAAGAAUUUGCGGCAAAGUUAUUUUUAAUACCCAGCCCGCCACCAGGACCACUCCACUUGGUAUUUAAUAUGAAACCUCUUCAAAUAAUUAUUCCUUCGCGAGAGGAUCCAGACGGUCCAAUUAUUGACUUGGAUCUUCACCUUCCAUUGCUGUGUUUCAAGCCAGAGCAAGUGCUGCAGAUUAUGACCUGUAUUUUAACUGAACGGAGAAUAGUUUUCUUCUCUUCGGAUUGGGCUCUGCUGACACUCAUUGCUGAAUGCUUUAUGUUGUACCUCCACCCUCUUCAGUGGCAACACACGUUUGUGCCUAUUCUGUCCCGUCAAAUGCUGGAUUUUGUCAUGGCCCCAACAUCUUUUCUUAUGGGAUGUCAUACUGAUCAUUUUGAAGUAGUUAGCACGGAAACUGAAGAUUUAAUUCUAAUUAAUAUAGAUAAUGGAGAUAUUACACAUUCAAAAAUGGUUGAAGAGGAACCUGAAAUUCCAGAUGUUCCAGCACAAGCAGCGGAAACUUUCAUAAAAAGAGUGGAGAGUCUUCAGCUGCAUUAUGACCUAGAGCUUUGCCAUCUCCGGGCCAGUGUGGAUCUUGGUGAGCUCCAAAUGCGCAGAAGGGCUUGGCAGCAGAAGCUGAAUACAGAAGUUCAGCAAACAGCUUUGCAGUUAAUUGUUAAUAUCUUCAGGGAGGUAAAAGACCAUCUAAAUUAUGAACAUAGAGUGUUUAACAGUGAAGAAUUUCUGAAAACAAGGGCAGUCGGAGACCAGCCAUUUUACAAAAAGGUUUUAGAGACCUACAUGUUUCACUCUUUUCUCAAAGCUCGUCUGAACAGAAAGAUGGACGCGUUUGCUCGGCUUGACUUGAGUACCCAGUCUGAAGAGGACAGGUUCAACUUGAUGUUUCAUACCCCGAGAAGAAUGACUAUGGAGAAAAUGGCUUCGAAACUGUUUAAUUCACAAUACAAGAUGAGCAGGCGCAUGGUAAUCAGUAUGCCUAAUCUGCAAGAUAUCAAACUGCCAGAGGGCCCAACCAGAAAUUCCUCGCUUCGACGAAUAGAAACAGGUGUCGCUGUUAAAGCGCCCUCCAAAUCAGUGAGCACAUUCAAAAUCCCAGAAAUUCACUUUCCUCUGAUGUUCCAGUGUGUUCAUUCCUACUACACAGACUUCUUCAACCACCUCAGCAAAGCUAUAAAUACCUCACCACCUGAUAACUCAGCGUUGCUGGCAAGGUACUUCUACCUCCGGGGCCUUAUUUGCUUGAUGCAAGGGAAACUACUAAAUGCACUUUCUGACUUUCAGAACCUAGAUAAAACAGAUUUAAGAAUUUUCCCCACUGAUCUCGUAAGGAAAAUAGUGGAAACCAUGCCUCCUUCAGAGCGUUCUCAAGCAGAUCGCAAACCCGAGCUGAAGAAGCUGAUAAGUAGAGUGAUGGAAAAACAAAGAGAAGUUCUCAAAGUCGAUGACCACGUGAAAAAUUUUGAAUUGCCAAAAACACACAUGCAACUGGAUGAUUUUGUGAAGAGGAUCCAGGAAUCUGGGAUUGUCAAAGAUAUAGACACUAUACAUCGGUUAUUUGAUGCCCUAACAGUAGGACAUCAGAAACAAAUCGAUCCCGAAACAUUCAGAGAUUUCUACAACUACUGGAAAGAAACUGAAGCCGAAGCUCAAGAGGUGAAUUUGCCGCCAACAGUAAUAGAACAUCUAGAUAAAAAUGAAUGUGUCUACAAGUUAUCCUGCUCGGUUAAAACUAACUGCGGUGUAGGGAAAAUAGCUCUGACCCAAAAGCGUUUGUUCCUUUUAACUGAAGGAGGACGUCCUGGCUACGUCCAGAUCGCUGCUUUCAGGGAUAUCGAGGAUGUUAAGAGCACGACUGUAGCUUUCCUUCUUUUGAGAAUACCUACUCUGAGGAUUAAAACGUUAUCUAAAAAGGAAGUCUUCGAGGCAAACCUUAAGACCGAGUGUGAUCUCUGGUACCUGAUAGUGAAGGAAAUGUGGGCUGGAAAGAAAAUGGCCGAUGAUCACAAGGAUCCUCAGUAUAUCCAGCAAGCGCUGACAAAUGUUCUCCUGAUGGACGCUGUGGUGGGUGCCCUGCAGUCCCCCAAAGCCAUCUACGCAGCCUCCAAACUGUCGUAUUUUGACAGGAUGAAGAAUGAAGUGCCUAUGAUGGUCCCCAAAACAACUUCAGAGACAUUAAAGCACAAGAUCAACCCCUCAGCUGGUGAGACAUUUCCACAGGCAAUAGAUGUCUUACUUUAUACGCCAGGACAUCUUGACCCUUCAGAAAGACCUGGCAACGCUCAUCCAAAACUAUGGUGUGCUUUAAAUGAGGGGAAAGUGGUGGUUUUUGAUGCGUCUACCUGGUCUAUUCAACAGCACUGUUUCAAAAUGGGCCGCUCUAAACUGACGUGUAUGAUAAUGGUAGAACAGAGUCAAGUGUGGAUCGGUUCUCAAGACUCCAUAAUUUAUAUAAUCAACACCCACAGUAUGUCCUGUAAUAAGCAACUAAAUGAUCAUCGUUCUGAUGUUACAGACAUCAUUGUGGAGAAGAAGAACGGAAUACCCAGUGAAGCGUACUCAAGCAGUUUAGACGGCACAGUGAUUGCUUGGAACAUCAGCACUCUGAAAGUUAAUCGUGUCUUUCAGCUGCCCUGCCAAAAUCUCACUUCCAUCCAGCUUCAUAAUGACCAACUGUGGUGCUGUACUGGAAGUUGCAUACUUGUAGUGUCGACUCACGAAUUUCGACUACAGAUGAAAAUUGAGCAUCACCUGAAGGAUGUGUGUUCCUACUUUCUCUGCUUCCAGCUUUUUCCCGAGAGACAUGAAAUGUGGGCGUCUUAUUCAGGGAGUAGCGACCUGUAUAUCUGGAACACCAAAGACUUUACAAGUGCACCUCAAAAGAUUCAUCUACAGGAUUGCUCCGAGAUUACUUGUAUGAUAAGAGUUAAAAAUCAGCUGUGGGUCGGCAGCAAUGGAAAAUCGCAAGGCAAAAGCAAAGGGAAGAUCUACGUGGUCAGUGCUGAGAAGAAGACAGUGGAGAAGGAGCUGGUUGGUCACACCGAUACGGUCAAGGCCUUGUGCUCGGCUGAGGACAGAUACGUCCUCAGCGGCUCCGGGAAGGACGAAGGGAAGAUCGCUAUUUGGAAAGCUGAAUAGUUCAGCUGGUCAAAACACAUCUACCCGUGCUGGAAAAUAAGCGAAGACCCCGGGCUGCAUUCACUCCAGCGUUUUGCAUGUAUUUCAACCACCUGUCAGUGUUAUUGUUUUGUAUUUAUUAUUUUAGUCCCUACAUUGUUGUGGAAAAUCAAAGUAGAAGGGACUAGAAGUCACUGAAAGUUUCGUCACAGAAAGAGUCGUUGGGCUUUGGAACAGGCUGCACAGAGCAGUGGUGGAGUCGCCGUCCCUGGAGGGUUUAAAAGACACGGAGAUGAGGUUCUCGGGGACAUGGGUUAGUGCCAGUGUUGGAUUAACGGUUGGGCUCAGUCUGGAGCAUCUCUUCCGACCAAAAUCAUUCUGUAAUCCUAUAAAAAGAAAGGAGCCAAGCACAUUUAUUGGAUAUGCAGAACUACUGUAAAUGCUGAGUAUCGUUCUGAACUAGCAGCUGGAUUUAGCUGGGAAGACUGUCCGUUACCCCGUAUGGAUAUUUAUGGUGAUGUAUUAAUUAAAAUCUAGACACAGGCUCUCUCGACAACACUGAGAGCUCCCUGCUGGUGAAACAAGACACUUGGGUGUUCUUAGUGACUGGUUUUAAGCUUGUUUCUUCCUUUAAAAACAAUGCACAGCACUUGGCGUUUGUAACAAUUCGUGAAUCCCACUUUUGUUUCAUCAGAAGCACUUAAUUUAUUUCACUUCCACGUAUUUGUUACUGUGCACACAAACCUGUGCCGCUCCUCCCUUCAGUCAUCAUGUCCAUAAUCAGAGGAACUGCUGUUAUUUUGUCUAGAACCUGCUUAAUUUUUAAGUUAUGAUGUUCUGCAAAGUCAUCCAAUCACUCCUUAAUUACCGAAGUGAGCACCAUCGGAUUGCGGUCUAGAAGAUUCUCUAAUCACUUCCUGAUGUACUUUGGAUUUUCCAUUGAUGACAGUUCUCUACAAGUAAAACAAUCUAUGCAGAAGAGUUUUAUGUGUGUCAGUGCUGAAUAAAGUGGAAUAUGAUAUUUAAAAUAUUGUAAAUAGAUGAAAAAAGGGGCUGCUACUUUUGUUAACAAAUAUAUAAGAGUGUAGGACUAAUAGAAGUGUCAACUACUGGAAAUAUACUCCCUGUUAUAUUUCUAACUCUUUCAAUGUGCCGAUGAAAGGUUUUAUCAUAUGUUGGUAACUGAAAUUUUACCUUUUUUUAGUUGUUUUUUAAAUCAGUUUAAGAAUAUUAAACACUGUAUUGAUACUCUGA